UGACCUCAGUUCCUUGGCGUAUUUUUUUCUGAGAGAAGACAGCGGCUGGCGGCGCCAUAUUGGAAGAAGAACAUUGUUCCACUAAACGGCCCAAACCUUAAAUCUGUAGCCAUGUUGUAUCUGGAGGAUUAUCUGGAGAUGAUCGAGCAGCUCCCCAUGGACCUCCGAGACAGGUUUACGGAAAUGAGGGAGAUGGACCUGCAGGUUCAGAAUGCCACCGAUCAGCUGGAGCAGAAGGUCAUGGAGUUCUUCGUCAACGCCAAGAAGAACAAACCGGAGUGGAGAGAAGAACAGAUGGAGGUCAUUAAAAAGGAUUAUUACAAAGCUUUGGAAGAUGCAGAUGAGAAAGUUCAGCUGGCCAAUCAGAUUUAUGACCUGGUGGAUCGCCAUCUGCGUAAACUGGACCAGGAACUGGCCAAGUUCAAGAUGGAACUGGAGGCUGACAACGCCGGCAUCACCGAGGUCCUGGAGAGACGAUCUCUAGAGAUGGACAGUCCGUCUCAGCCGGUCAACAACCAUCACAUCCACUCUCACUCCGCCACUGAGAAGAGGAAGUACAGCGCUCCGACACACCACACUACCGAACAUGUUCCAGAGAAGAAGUUCAAGUCUGAAGCUCUGCUCUCCACUUUAACCUCAGACGCCUCCAAGGAGAACACUCCAGGUUGCCGUACCAACAGCACGUCCUCGUCCACCAACAACGUGUACAUUGGUGUGGCCUCCUCUCAGCCUCUGGCCUCCUACAACCUGAGCUCUCUGCCGGCAGGGACCGGAUCCGGAGCCGGGGCCAUCACCAUGGCUGCUGCUCAGGCCGUCCAGGCCACGGCUCAGAUGAAGGAGGGCAGGAGGACGUCCAGCCUGAAAGCCAGCUACGAAGCCAUCAAGAACAACGACUUCCAGCUGGCCAGAGAGUUCACUUUGUCCCGGGAGAACACCGGCUACUCCUCCUCCGCUCUGGCCUCCACCCUCACCCAGACCCUCACCCCCCCCACGGCCUCCGACUCCAGGGGGCGCAAGUCCAAAAGCAGCAUCAAAUCUUCCAACCACCAGUCCUCUUCCUCCUCCUCCUCUUCUUCUCUGUCGUCAUGCUCCUCGUCGUCUGCACUGGCUCAGGAGCUUUCCCAGCAGGCCUCGGCGCUGCCCGAGGCUGAGGCCAACAGCCAGGUGGACUGGACCUACGACCCCAACGAGCCCCGAUACUGCAUCUGUAACCAGGUAUCUUAUGGAGAAAUGGUGGGCUGUGAUAAUACAGAUUGUCCCAUCGAGUGGUUCCACUACGGCUGUGUGGGACUGACUGAGGCUCCCAAGGGGAAGUGGUUCUGUCCUCAGUGUACAGUCGCCAUGAAGAGGAGAGGCAGCCGCCACAAAUAGACCUGGCACCUGGCGGCCAUCUUGGAUUGUGUCCUCCUGAAACACAGAGGUCAAAGGCCAACAGAAGGUUUCCAAUUCUGAGGUUAAAGUGUCAAUGUUUCAUUUAAAUCCUCAGAAGAUAACGAGUUUAACCAAUGUCUUACAUUUAGUUCAUUGAUUAAACGGCCGAUAGCUAAAGUCUGACCAUAACUUCGUACUAAACACGUAUAUAUGUAUUUACAUAUAUAUAUAUAUAUAUAUAUAUAUGUCUGUCCAACGCUGCACACAAAGGUCACGGGGUCAACCUUUAUUCAAAUCGUCUGCUGAGAGCAGAAAAUUGUCAAUAUAACUUCUGCAACUAAAGUAAAAUGUUAUAUUUCACCUCAAUGAUCGGAAUUCAGACUUUCUAUUCCUCAAAAGUUGCAUUUAAAUAUUUCUGACUUAAUUGACUAAAACUCCCAAAGUGAUUUGAUAAAGUCAGAAGUUUUCUUGGUUUAUGUUUGUCAUAAUUUGAGAAUUCAGUUAAUCAAAUACACGAGUAACGGACCAUCAAUCUCAGAGCUGGAGAUUUCCUUCUUUUGUGGAGAUUCAACUACAAACACAGAAGAAGCCUGAUUGAACCUGAUGAGAUGCAUUGUCUCCAGCGACCUCAGGAAGACAAUGUCCUCACAAGAUCCAGUCUCACUCCGUCUCCCUGUCUCUCUCUCCUGGCAUUAGAAGCGUCUCCUCUUGUGAUCCGCUGUUUCUACUGUUUGUGUUUACAAAGACCAAAUGUUUGUUGUUGUUUUUGUUUCAUUAAAUGAAGAGGGAAAAGAUAACGACUGAUAUCCUGUUUGUUGCUCAAAGGUUCCUGCCAGCUGGGAGAAACUUUUGGAAUGUUUUCAUCCAUUGUUUUAGUUUGACUGUCUCACACACCUGUAGCUUCAUGUCAGGUGUUAGCUCUCUGUCUGCCUUCGCCAGAUGUCUAAAAGAAAUGGUCCAAUAAAAAGACCCAGAUGUUUUGUAA